AUGACUGAAGUUAUACAUCGUUUAACUGAACUAAAACAUUUGCGUAUCUCGUUCUUCGGUUGUCCUGAUGAUGACGCUUGCAAUCGUCUCAAUCAUCGACAUACCGUUUUCAUGUUGCUCAUCUUUUCUGCUGUUCUUACAUCUCGUAUAUUCAUAUCUGAUUUAAUUAUAUGUUGGACACCAGGUGAAUUCACAGGUAACUUUGUUUCAUACACACGGCACUAUUGUUAUGUAACCAAUACUUAUUACAUAUCAAUGAAUGAGACAAUUCCAACGUUAGCCGAUGCGCACAUACGCCGUCGACGCUCGAUAUACUACUAUCAAUGGUUACCGAUUGUCCUCGCUCUUCAAUCUCUUUUGUUUCUCAUUCCACGUUUGAUAUGGAGUGGUUUCAGUCCUCGCUGUGGAAUUAAUCUUCAACAUUGUUUAUCUCCGAAAUUCGAUUAUCGUACAAGUCGAUACAAAGUUCAACACAUAACAACAAUGUUGAAUCUUUUAGCACGUUCGCAACAACAUGAUUUUAAUCGAAUGACAACUAAUGAACCAAGUGGAGCAUUGACUGCAACUAAUUUAGCCGCACAUAAUUCAUCCGUAUUAAAAUUCUUCCAUAUAUUUUGCAUGCCAUUUAUCUUCGCGACUGGCAACACAGCUCAUGGAUAUUAUUUAGCUAAUCUAUUCGUUCUUGUGAAAAUUCUUUUUCUUAUUAAUUCAUCAUUACAAUUGUUCUUCUUGAAUACAUUAUUGACGAAGAAUUCCGUCUUAUAUGGAUUAGAAGUUAUUGAUAAUAUCCGUCGCGGAGAGUAUGUGAUUGGCACGCGAGUAUUUCCAUUGAGUGUUUAUUGUGAUUUCAACAUCGUUAAAAUCGGACAACCCACACUUUAUACGGUUCAAUGUCUGUUACCAAUGAAUGUGUUCAAUGAAAAGAUUUUUACGAUGAUUUGGUUUUGGUUAGUUUUCCUGACGAUAAUCAAUUUCAAUAGUCUUCUGUUAACGAUCAUUCGCAGUAGUUUCAGUCAAUUUAAUUAUGCUUACGUUGCGAAUUAUUUGAAUUUAUACUCGAAAACAGAACGAUUCAAACGACAGAUGCUUGUUAAACGUUUUAUUUUUAAUUACUUGUCAGCCGACGGAGUUCUUGUUUUACGAUUAAUCUCCGAAAAUAUCAGCGAUCUACUCACAAGCGAGGUCGUUAACGAACUCUGGAAUGAAUACAAGAAACUCUCAGGUCUGUCUACGAAAAAUCGUGAAAAAUAUCUGGCAAAUCAACGACUGAAGACUGUUCAAUUCGCAGCAGCAGUCCAAUCGGCGCAAGGAGAAGGAGCAGCAGCACCAACGCGAGAUAUCUAUAAUCGCUAUGUAUCAAAAUAA